AUGAACUACAAUGACGAAAAGGCCAUCAGCAUUUGGGAGUCCAAAAAUUUCUUCAUUGACCUGGAGCCUCUUCCCGGAGGAGUGGAGGCGGUGAAGGAGAUGUCCGAGAUGGAGAAUACAGAUGUCUUCAUUUGCACCAGUCCAAUAAAGCAUUACAGCUACUGUCCGUAUGAAAAGUAUGCCUGGGUUGAGAAACAUCUGGGCUCCGAGUUCCUGGAGCAGAUCAUCUUGACCAGAGACAAGACCAUAGUGACCGGAGACAUCCUCAUCGAUGACAAACCUGAUAUCCUCGGUGUGGAGCCCAAUCCGUCCUGGGAGCAUGUCCUGUUCACUGCCUGCCACAACAAGCACCUGCCGCCAAACCUGUCCCAGAGACGCCUUCAGUCCUGGGCCGACGACUGGAGGGGAGUGCUGCAGAGCAAGCGCCAGUAACACAGCAUGAUUUGUGCUUAGAUGGGUAAUGGAUCCUGUAUCAGCCCUUAUAUUCAGUAUACUGUAAAUCGAUUAUGCAGGUCACAGGGGGGCAAAAACAGUAGUGUUUUCUAACUGCGAAACGGAUUCAGUCUUUCAUGCGAGACUUUUAGCAUCAUUUUAUUGUUUAUUAUGCUUCUACCGAGGGCUUGAAAUCCAUAGUUUACAUCGAGCAUAAACUGCCUUCCACCUCAGUCUCUAAUGGGAUCUUUGUAGAAAUGUUUAAAUGCGGUUUGUGCGCACAUGCACGUGCAAACAUAAGCAUGCAAUUGUCCAAAUCACUAUGAUUUUCCACUGGCUUUCUCAUUCUGAUGGGAGUAUGUCGACAUAUUUAAUUUAUUAUGAUAGUUUUAAUUCAGGGAGAACACGGUACUUGACAGAACAAGACCUGGUUGUUUUUUAUGUCAUAAGAGUCACUAAACAAAGCCAGAGCACUGCAUGUUGAGCUCAUCUACUGUGUGUUUGUGGACACUAGAGGACGCUGUGAGCACAUGUACUUAUUAGUUGCUUUUCAAUCAGAGCAUCAUUUCGGUUCAUACUUUAUUAGUAGUUUGGAAUUAAUCUUUUAAUAAACUUUUUUUAUGCCUUGAGGACAGGUGUUUUGGUUUAUGGCUUUGGCAAGUGCUUUAUAUUUUGUCACGUCUAAUUAAUAAACAAACAUAAACUACUGUUUAUGAUUUCAUUUAUGAUUUUCA